CUUUCUUUCUUUCUUUUUUUUUAUUGGAAUGAGAAUAAGUGACUCAUUAGAUGAACCUCUGUUGGAAAACCCUUCCAAACCAAUAACUAGGCCAUUAUCUUCAAGCCAAUAUAGAUUUGAUAGGUUGUUUCUUAAAAGAUUUCAUCGUCUUUUACGAAUCCUAUUCAAUACAAAACGUCUUAGAGCAUGGUCUACGACAAAGGAAGCCCGUAAACACAGUGUGUUUUGGUUAUACAUUACCUUUGUGUGUAUUGGUAUUGGAUAUGAAAUAAUCGUUUAUUUUGUUGGUUUGAUACCAAGCAAUUUCUACACAAUCCUUACCUCCCGAGAUCUUGCUGGAUUUAUUCGAUAUAUCCCUACCUGUCUACUUCUCGUCUUUGCAGUCGCUACUUGUAAAAGCUUAUUGAAAUUCAUGGGAGAACUUUUUGCUAUCAAGACCAGGCGAUUGCUCACUGUGCACUUGCAACAUCGAUAUAUCAAAUCAAAGAUGGUUUAUAAUCUAUUGAUGAAUCAAUAUGUAGACAAUCCUGAUCAACGUAUCACUCAAGAUGUGGAUAAAUUCGCAGAGACCUUGCAACAGAUUAUCACAAAUCUGAUCAUUGCACCUCUUAUGGCCAUCUAUUAUACAUACAAAUGUUGGGCGGUCACUGGCUUCUUUGGUCCACUGGCUGUGCUUGUCUAUUUCUUGAUUGGAUCAUUACUAAGUCGUAGGUUGAUACAACCCAUAGUAAACGCUGUAUUCUACAAGGAACUUCAAGAAGGAAACUUUCGAUACCUACAUGUCAGACUACGACAAUAUGUUGAAUCAAUUGCCUUUUGUGAUGGGGAAAAAGAAGAACAUGAUAGAGCAGAUCAAAGCUUGAACACUUUAUUAACCUAUCAACGCUCCAUUGUGAACAAUGGCUUAUUUUUGAACAGUAAGGAGUACAAUUUGCCGCACUGUGUAAAUAAUGUUGAUUGCUUCAUUUUAGUGGCCAAUGAAAGCUUCUCUUAUUUGGGAUCCAUCAUCAGUUACUUUCUUGUAGCCAUUCCAAUAUUUACUGGAGCUUUGGAUGGCAAAGAUGCUGGUGAUCUCAGUUCGAUUAUCAGUCAGAGUUCAUUUGUUAUAAUGUAUCUCAUCUUUUUAUUCUCAACAAUCCUUCAACAAUCCACCAAACUUUCAGAUCUUGCUGGUUAUACUGCCCGUAUAGGCGAGCUACUAGAAGCCUUGGACCAAGUGAUCGAGAAUCUGGAAAAUGUAGAGAUAGAUCAUCCUCAUCAUUUUGAUAAUGGGUGUGAUCAUAUCGAAUUUGAUCACGUUACGUUGUAUUCCCCCUCAAGAAAGCUUAUUGUACGUGACCUUUGUAUAACCAUUCAACCUGGACACCAUGUAGUCUUUACAGGAUCUAAUGGAAGAGGAAAAACGUCUAUAUUGCGUGCCCUGGCAGGUUUAUGGCCAUCCUCUGAAGGAACAGUACGUGUACCCAAAGAUAUCUUGUUCUUGCCACAGAUACCGUAUCUGGUCGAAGGAUCCUUAAGAAACCAACUUGGAUACCCUUCUGGCCAAUGCACAGAUGAAUCGAUUUUGAGUAAUCUAGAAAAGGUACGCCUGAGCCACCUUGCUGGUAUGCUGGAAUCUUUUGAUACAUGCUAUGGACAAGAAUGGUACAAGAUGCUGUCUCCUGGUGAGCAGCAAAAGCUUGUCUUUGCUCGUAUUUUUUACGCAAAUCCUCGUUUUGUAGGCAAGUACAUCCUGCAGCACACAUAUACAUUAAGAUCUAAACUUUUUUUAGUACUUGAUGAAGCUACAAAUGCAAUGGAUGAAGAAUCUGCAGAGCAUCUUUAUCGUCUACUAUUAGAAUCAGGCAUAACCAUCAUCAGUGUGACUCAUCAACCAAGUAUUAUCAAAUACCAUCACACUGAGGUGCAUUUAGAAUUCAAUGGUGAAUAUCGAAUUAGACAAAUCAAUAGUAGCUCUUGA